AUGGUCAUGGUUGAACACAGCUUGAUGAUCCCCAUCAGCAAAGAGGCCUAUGAAACUCUUAAGAAAAGAGAGGACUGCCUAAAUAAUCUCACUUACAAAAAGUUUGCUUGCACAUUGACCUUCAAGAGUACAAAAUGCACUGGUGAAGUAUACAGGAAAAAGCUGAAGCAGGGAAUUGACAUUUGCGUUUGUAAGGAUGAUCUCACAAGACACAAGGCCGAUGCUUUGGUGAACGCAGCCAAUGAAUAUCUACAUCACGAAGGAGGCCUUGCUUUAGCCCUUGUGAAAGCUGGAGGGCCAGAAAUACAACAGCAAAGUGAUCUUCAUAUUCAGAGGCAUGGGAAGCUCACACCUGGCAAGAUCGCAGUGACAGGUGGAGGGAAGCUUCCUUGUAAGAAAAUUAUUCAUGCUGUUGGUCCAAGGUGGUCCAUGUAUGAAAGGGAUAAAUGUUGUAGCAUCCUUCAGGAAGCUAUUGUGAAUGUCCUGAAGUACAUUACUGCUCCAGAAAAUACCAUCGAGUCCGUGGCUAUCCCAGCAGUGAGUUCAGGUAUUUUUGGCUUCCCGCUCAGUCUCUGUGCUCAAGUGAUUGUAGUGGCUAUAAAGGAAUUUGUUGAGGCAAGUCCUCCCAGCUCUCUCAGGGAAAUCCGCCUGGUGAACAUACAUGAGCCUACAGUUGCAGAAAUGAAGAAGGCCUGCGAAGAGUUUCUGGAUGGUGCCGGGACACUGCGGGAAACUCUUCCAGUUUCCCCAGGCCAGCCUUCAGCUUUCCUCAGACAUGGAGGCAUUCGCUUGCGCCUUGUAAGAGGACUGCUGGAAGAGCAGAAGACUACGGCUGUCGCUCAUUUUGUGUCCGUGCUUGGCGAGCCGUGCGUUCCAGUUUCAAGUGGACUGAUGGAAAAAGCGGGUUCAGCUCUUCGGGAUGAACUUAAAUCUCAUUUUACACAUCCUUCGUCUUUUAAGGAUCUCGUAGUAACAAAAGGAUAUAAUCUGCCCUGUGAUUUUGUACUGCACAUUGUCUGGUUUCAGUAUCAGCACAGGUCGCGGCUCUGUGAGGAAUUAAACACUGCAGUGGCAAGAUGCCUGCAUUUCCUCCAGAGCAAGCAAUCUCCCUCAGUUUCUUUUCCAACAAAAGGGAUUUGGUCGUUAGAGCUGUCUAUGGAUGAAGUGGCAGAGAUCAUGAUUGAAGGGGUUUUAAAUUUUGCCAGGGCACACCCUAAGAAGAAGAUAGAAGUGCAGUUUGUCCUUUCCCCAGAUGACCACCACGGCUAUCAGGUUUUCCAGAGAAAAUUGUCUUCAGCAACACACAAACUGGAAGAAGCGAAACAUUCCAGCACAAGCGAUCAUUUGAUCUUUCUUCCACGUACAGAGUCAGGCAGUCAGAGCAUAAAAGAGACUGCAAAUAAUGAACCAGCUAUUAAGCUUAGCGGGAGCACACCUACAGCACUGGAAGCGACAGAAUCGUGGAUCCAAAGCGUGGUGCAAAUCCUGGGAAGUCACCGUGCUGUUCUUGAAAACAACUACAUUUUUAGCCUGGGUAAAAAGGAGUUUGCGGAACUGUCUCAAGAGCAGCAUUCUGGUGUAUGUGUAUCGGAGGAAGUGAAAGGUGGAAAAGCAAGACUGGAAUUUCAGGGCCCUCCUGAUGCUGUGAUUGAUGCAGUGCUUGCGGCUGAAAAAUUACUGCUGCGCAUGCAGGAGAGGACCACAGACAAACAAGAGGAACUGCUGUACUUAAUGGGCUACCCAGAAGCAGGGCAGCUUGCAGGAGGACACAGUCACAAGACAAAUACCACUCAGUACAUCCAGAUUUCACCAGUGGAAUCACACCUUCAGGAGUUUAAAGACAGACAGAAACAGUUUGAGAAAGCUGGACUUUGUGUUCUCAAGAUUGAAAAGAUACAUAAUCCUCUUUUAUCUGCUGCAUUCCAACAAAUGAAAAAAAAAAUAGAGGAAAAGCAAGGUAUCUCCAAAAUAACCCACAAGUUGUACCAGCAGGUUCCUGCCAACUUCUGUAGCUCGGUGUGCCAGACUGGAUUUCACAGGAUAUAUUCUCCACCAACAGAACAAAAAUACGGAGCUGGCAUCUACUUCAAAAGGAAUCCAAAAAGCCUCGUCAAGGAUACAGGUCUGUGGGAAACGGACUCUAAAAUGUACGUGUUUGAGGCUGAGGUACUAACAGGCUUAUACAAGAAAGGCAAGCUGUCUUACAUCACGCCACCGGCGGUGGGGGGGGACGUCACGGAGGCAUAUGACAGCUUAGUAGAUGACGAGAACAACCCUGACACCUUUGUCAUCUGCAGCAGCAUUAGGGCCCUGCCGCAGUAUUUGCUGACUUGCUUCCCGGAGAGGGAGAGAGGUACGUCCAUCUGA